AAUGGUUUUUUUAGCACGACGACGCACGCGGAGCUUAAGUUAUUUAAUAGCAACAACAUCGUUUGCACAUAUAUCCAUAUAUAUCCGUAUAUAUCUAGCUUAUGUAGCUGCCUGUGUGUGUUGUUGUGUUUGGAGUGCGGAGUGCCGAGUGCCCAGUGUGUGUGUGUGCCAGUGAGCUAGUGAGCGGAUCUCUGACUGAUUUGUUAUUUUUGCAUAAAUCAAUUUCGAGAGCGAGCGCCCAUCAAUUUCCGUGCGCGCUGCCUGGAAAGAUAUCUGUUCUAGAUGAUGUCGCAUGCGCGUCCAAAUCGAGUUCGUGGCCUGAGUCUUUCGUUAAAUCAUUGAUCGCUGAGAGCUACGCCCCACCCUUCCUUCCAUGGCUCUGACCAAUUUCUCGCUGCCUUUCGGUGCCCUGGGCCAGCCAUGGGGUGUCACCUUGGCGCCCCAGCAUCCGAUCCAUCAGUUGGCCAGCAAUACAAAUAAUCUGCUGUACUCGCCGGCGGAUCAUCAGCAGCAGCAUCCCCAGCAGCAGCAGUCUCCGGCUGACAACAAUCCGGAGUUUUACAAGAACAAUCCCUAUGCUCCACCACAAUCUGUGGGGGGUUAUCAAUAUCAGAAUACUGGCGGUCGCCGGAAGCAGAAUAAUAAUGCUUAUUUGCCGCCCACGGCACCAAAUUCUGUCCGGAAUUCGGUUUAUCACAUCCAGCAGCAGGUGCAACAGGUCCAGCAGGUGCAGCAGGUCCAACAGCAGCAGCAGGAUCAGCAGGAAAACAGCGUAUCCUUCCAGAGUUCUAGCUCUAGAGCGAGCAGUGCCUCGGGCCAGAGCUCCAUUCAGCUGACAACGCAAACCCGAGGUCCAGCGGAGGGCUCCUACUCGCGGUUUCCGGGACAGCAGCCAGGACAACAACCGCAGCAGCAGCAGCAGCCACAGCAGAAGCAGUUCUUCAAUGCCCAUGGCAGUGCCAGUGCCACUUUCACCAAGAACACUGGCAGCUUUAGUAUUACCAGCUUUGGCAGCAGGCAACCGCAACAGCAGCAACCACCGCAACCGCAGCUCCAACAGCCACCACCUGCUCCACCCCCACCGCGGGAUACCCAGCGCUCUAGGCAGGCCAAGCCGGAGGCUCAACCUGCCCAGACCUAUGGCGUUGCUCCGCCCGAUAAUUAUCCAGAAAGGGCGCCGGGCUUUACGAGGGUUCAGGCCGGGCAGGGUUCCAGGACUCAGGUGCACGCAGUGCUCGACUAUGAUGUAGAGGAGGGCGAAGAGGAGGACGAGGAGGAGGAGGAUGGAGAGGAGGGCCAGUACUAUGAGGGUCAGGAGAAGGAUAAGGCGAAUAAUAACAAUCAGAUGCCAACGGUGACGCCCAUCCAGGGACCGAUCUACCUGAAGAACGGCACGGUGCCGGUGGUGCCUCUAUUUUCCUAUCCCAAGCUCAACAACGGAUCGUUUCUCCAGAUUCCGAUCUGGUGGACGGCUUUGUCGGUGGCUUUGGGCUUGGAUGUGAGGGGCGAUGUCAUCAAGGGAGUGCCAUGCAUUAAGCGAUAUCAUCAGCUGUUUUGUCCCACGGCCGGAAAUAGUUAUCCCAUUGAAAAAAUCGAACGUUUCAUAGACGACAACAAGGCUCUGAUGCGAAGGAUGUAUGGGGACUUCGAGAUGAAUAUGGAAGGACCUGGCGGCGGCGGAGGAGGAAGUCGUCAGCAGCAGGCCAAGGUGCGAAAGCGUCGGUUCAUCGAUGAACCGGAUAUAUUUAUACCGCCUGGAGCCUUUGCCGCCAAUGCUGGGGAAGCCCCAGUGGAAGCUGGCGAUAGUUACUUUGGCCAACUACGGAAAAAGCGACAAGCAGCCGCUGGAGGAAGUCGCAAUCGAGGCAAUGGAGCAGCAGCCGGAGGAGGUGGUGGCUCAAGUGGGAAUAGCAAUGCCAAUAGAACUCCUGCCGGCAAUGGGAAUGGAAAUUCUGGUACUGGAAGACUUGAUGCCUGCGAAUCGAAAAUAGAAAUUGUGACCCCAUAUUGGGCAUCGAAUUCGGCGGGAAAAAUCCGAGCCAUUGUGAAUACACAGCACUUUGAGCAAGCCAUCCAUCAGGAGGUGUGCAGUAAUACCCAAACCCCCCGUUGCGAGGGUGAAUGUGGUUGCGAGCAAAAAUACAAAUGGCAUCGAUUGCUCGCCUAUGAUCCCGAUAACGAUUGCAAGGGCAUUUUUAUGGAUUGGUUCCUGUUUCCUUCGUGCUGUGUCUGUAGAUGUAAUCCCUAGAUAUCGCCUCUCCUGACUCUGAGCAAUUAACAAUAUAAUAUAUAAUAUGAAGCAUAUCAUAUAUCAGUUGAUAAAUGUAAUUGAGACAAGUAUAAUCGUAGGUAGAAUGCCACUGAAUGUAUUUUAGUUGUUGUUAAGGUAGACCUUACGUAAAAACCUAAUUGGUAGCUCUAGUUAAGAUCGAUUCAGCAUAAAUUACCUAAGGUUUUAAUACGAGCCAUGUCCCUCCAUCAAAAUGCGAU